GUCAGUGGAAUAUUAUGACGUAGUUUCCGGUAUCACGCCCCGACUCACCAAAAAAAAACUGUCGAACUGGGAAGGAGCAGUCGAAAGGGGUCAAAAAUACUCAAAUAAUCUACAAACCCCAAGAAACAUAGCUGCUUCACUCUCCACCAGGAUUACAUUGUGAUUGGACACAGAACCAUCUCCCCGCCAAUGACAGCUCUUUAGAGGGGAUAAUACCCUGUCCACCACAGUCAUUGGCUGAGCUGGACUUGAGAUCACAAUGAUGAAGAGGAUCUGAGGGAGUCUUCCUCCUCAGGUGUAGGAGGCGCCCUGUCCUUUCCCAUCCCCUUGACACACCUAUUAAUAUGAACCAUGGACCCAGGAGCAGUUGACAGUCCCGUCACCUUAGUCAUCAAGGCCCCCAACCAGAAGUAUGACGACCAGACAAUAAACUGUUUUCUCAACUGGACGGUAGAGAAACUGAAGAGUCACAUCUCGAAUGUGUACCCAAGCAAGCCGUCAUCCAAGGAUCAGCGGCUGGUAUACUCGGGCCAUCUCCUCCAGGACCACCUGCAGCUGAGGGAUGUCCUCAGGAAGCAGGAGGGUUAUCACAUGAUGCACCUGGUGUGUGCCUCCCGUAGCCCACCAGCCUCGCCCACGCCCCACUGCUCCACCCCCAGCCCUGUGACCUCUGACCCCAGCUCCAGCUCUGGGAGUUCAGACAGUGCUGGCUCCACCCCCCAAGCCACAACACCAAAUCAGGACGGUCUGUCCGCCGCCUCGUCAGUAGCAGGAAGUUAUGAUGGACUAAGGCAUCGUGGAGGCUUCCCCCAAUUUAACCCUCAAAAUCCUACCUCUACUGGUAUAAUGCAAUGGCCAGAUGGGAUGCAGGUCCCGGUACAAGGGGGUAUGGCUGCAGGUGUGCCCCCCCACCCCAUGUACAUGCCCAUGCAGGUCCUCUGGUGGCAGCAGAUGUAUGCACGCCACUACUACAUGCAAUAUCAAGCAGCAGUGGCAGCCUCACAGCCCCCCUUCACACCUCCCUCCUCCCCCAGUCCCACCCACUCCCCCCAACCCGCACAGCCCAAUGAAGCUCCACCUCCCCUGGGGCCUAACCCCGCCCCUAACCCCAUCCAAGAGGACAGGCCGGCCAAUCCCAAUAUCCAGAUGAAUGCCCAGGGCGGGGCCGUGCUAAAUGAGGACGAACUGAACCGUGAUUGGCUGGACUGGAUGUACGCGGUCUGUCGUGCCGCCAUCUUGCUCAGCAUUGUGUAUUUCUACUCCUCCUUUGGCCGCUUCGUCAUGGUGAUAGGCGCCAUGCUGCUCGUCUUUUUGCACAGGGCUGGUUGGUUCCCCUUUAGGCCAGAGAUGCAGAACCCCGGAGGAGAAGGAGCGGGGUUAGCUCAUCAGGACGAGGCAGAGAGACACCAGGACAUCCAGGAGAUGGAGCGGAUCAUGGAUGAAGGGCUGGAGGAUGAGGAGGGCGACAGUGGAGAGGAAGGCCCAGAGGACCAGGCAGCUCCCACUGCCCCCCGCCACCACGGCUUCUUGGCAGCCUCCUGGUCCUUCAUCAGCACUUUCUUCACCUCCCUCAUCCCAGAGGGACCCCCCCACCCCGCCAACUAAAUCAGGGAGGGGGACACCCCCCCCCCCCCACCUCCCAUGCUGCCAGCUACCAGACUGUAAAAAGUGCUGCAGUGUGGGGGAAGUCUUGAAUAAAUCAAUGAACAUCGAACAAACUAACAUGUUAUGCCAUGUUAAACAAGCUAACAAUGCUUUAUAUUACAGAGGCUUCUUGGAUUUCAUCAUACAAACUGGUACACACACACUUUAUUUCCUUUUGAUCAUGUCUGCUCAUUCAGAUUUUGGUGGCAUUGAAAGGCUUCGAAGGGUCGUCCAUUUUAAGCAGUGAUUCAGCCAUUGCAUUUAUCGUUUUUGUUUUGGAGAAUGGAUGAAAGGACAUACGCACCUAAAUGUGUAUGAAUAUUGCAAUGACUCUAGCACAUAUGUUUCUCUCUGUGUAUAUGAGCAUUAUCUAUUUACAUAUAAAUAUAUACAUCUUAAUUCCUGACAAUGCGUUUUUUGAAUAAAAGCCUUGUGGUUUCA